AUGUCGGGCGAUUCAGGGUUCACGUCCCCUGGGGACGCCUCUUAUGCCUCGAAUACUCUGCAUGUUGGCGAUGGAACAUGGGACCUCGACCGCGACACUUUUCUCUUGCCCAAUCUCAUGGGUGUAAACUUCGAAACAAUGCGAUACAAUGGAAUGGGAAACAGAUUCCGAGAUAUGCCUAAUUACCAUACUAUUAUUGCUGCCCAUGGCAUUAUCGCUGCGAUCGUGUUCCUAGGGCUGGUUCCCUUAUCGAUUCUGCUCAUCCGGUAUUACUCGCUUCGAAAUCCAUACCGAGCCUUCAAAUACCAUGUUUGGUGCCAGGUUCUCACUUUAUUUCUGAGCACUGUCGUAUUUGUUCUCGGCUGGUUUGCUGUCGGUCCGAAGAGAAGCCUUUCGAACCCUCACCACGGAAUCGGUCUUGCCAUAUACGUCAUUAUCAUUUUCCAGAUCUUCUGGGGUUGGUUGGUCCACAAAAUUGAGCGGAAUAAGAAAAGACACCACGUGCCUCUCAAAUUAGUGAUUCAUCGGUGGAUAGGCCGUGCUCUGGGAAUUCUAGGAAUUGUCCAAAUCCCACUUGGACUCACGCUUUAUGGAUCCCCAAAAUCGCUAUUUAUCCUAUACGCCGUCGCCGUGUUCCUUAUCCUGGCGACAUGGUUUUAUCUGUCCUAUCGCUAUGAUUCUGACAGAGGGCCCUCUGGAGAUGGAGACUAUGACAGCCGUUAUAGCUAUGUGUCCCGUCCGGACGACGACGACGACCACGGCCAUAGCAAUUUCGGGAAAAUGGCAGCAGCUGGAGCAGCUGGGCUUGGGUUGGCGAGCUUUUUCCGGCGCCGCAACCGAGACCGAAACCAUGACCACGUCUCCGAUGGCUCUCAUACGUCUUACAUGGAUGAGAAAGACUCGGAUGAGGAGUCACGCCGUGGUGGCGGUUGGGGAAGCAAAUUCCUCAAAAUCGGCGCUCUCGGUGGUGGUGCUCUGCUCGCUAAGAAAUUAUUCGACAGGAGGCGAAACCGCGAAGGCGACGCUGAAUCGGGUAGAUACCAACCUGCCCACCGUCGGACGGACAGCAUGACAGAAGAGAGUUUAAGCCGCCUGGAUGACCGUCCUCCACCUGGUCCAAGCUAUCCAGCUCCCGUCAAUCGCCCUCCCACUAGGCCUCCCACUAGGCCUCCCAGCAGGCCGCAAAGCCCGAAUUCAUCUUAUUAUGACUACUCGUACUUGUCGACCCAGGACGAAGGCCCAUCUCAUCAUGGAGCUCGGAACGCUAUGUUUGGGGCUGGUGCACUGGCAGCUGUGAAGGGUUUCUUCUCCCGUCGCGGAAAGAAGAGUGAUGAGCAGCGUCAUGUAGAGGAAUUGCGACGACACGAACUCGAGAACGAAAAGUUAGCUCGCGCAAACAGCAAGCGACGAUACACUGGGGAUGGAUACUACCCUCAUCGAAAACGCCUCGCUUCCCAAACAGCCACUGAUGUCUCGACCGAUUUAACACCUCGUCCACAACGUGCGCAGUACCCGCCAGACUCGGCGCUCUCUGCAGGCCCCGUUGCUUCGGGAGCGGUCGAUGGUGCUCACUCAGAAAUGCCUCCUGCUCCGCCAGCUCAUUAUGAUCCAGCUUCGACCAUGACACCCACAGGGCCUGGGGCGCCGCCCCCACAACAAUCUCAAUACAAUCUAGCAGUCCCACCACCAGUUCCGGUUCCAGGACCAGCACCGGGCCCUCCAGGUCAUUCGACGGGACACCUGCCGCCUGGCGGCAGCGGCACAUGGCAACGAGACGACCACGUCGAAUCUCCACCAGUGUCAAUCAAGGUGAAGAUGCACGAGGAUGGCCGAAACAUCACCCUUCGACGAUUAACCGAGGAGGAAGCAGCUGCCGGUCGAGAAGCCCGUCGUCGAGAGAGACGCAACUCCCGCCGCCGAAAUGGAAGUGCAAGCUCGGUCUCCGGCAACGAGGGCACAGGCAGUCGUGACCGUUGGCGACGAGUUGAAGAGCUCGAACGCCGGCAACAAGAGCAGAUGGAUCGAGAACGUGCUGCAGCAGCGGCUCCAGCGGCGGCUGCAACUUCACCUCCCCCGCCACUAGCCCACCUGCCUUAUGCACAGGGCCCAGCAGCUUCAGGGAGCAUACCCCCCUCCCAGUCUUAUAUUCCUCCACAGCAGAGCACGAGCAAUUUCCCACCGCCGCGGCCUCCAUCGACAAACCCAUUUGGAAGCAUCACAUCGCCUGGGACAUAUACCGGAACCGACGCGAGUGAGUAUGCCAGCAAUCGCCGCCGAAGACGUGCGGAGAGAGCCCGAGCAAGGCAGGAGCGACAAGGGCAUAGUGUUGAAUUCACAUAA